UUGCCGAUAAUAGAAUACUUCCUUAUUUUAUUUCCGUUUCUUGAUGUAAAUUGUCCCCUCUACACAUUUGUGUUCUCCACACAGUGACGGCAGCUGAGGACAAGAGUUUGUCAGUCGAUAUUCCAGAGACUAGUAGCGGACAGAACCAAGAUCGGGUAACUGACGGGAUAUCUGGGAUCGGACAAUGAUCGGGCGAUCGUUCUUCCUCCUCUCCCUUCUCCAAGCCGUGGUGUCGGGACAGUGGAGUGCGGACAAUCCACCACAUGUGACAGCGCAGAAUGGUUUGUGUGCACGGAUUCCGUGUCAGUACAGGUACCCGUCGUAUCUAAAUAAAAAACCACGGACUGGAAUCUGGUAUAACAGUGAGACACAGAACUAUCGGUCUGUAGCCUUCCACUCCAGGUAUUCCAGUGAAAUAUCAACACAGUUUCAGCAUCGGACCCGGCUGUCAGGAGUCCUGAGAGACAACGACUGUUCCCUGGUUAUAGACAACGUCAGGCAGCAAGAUACAGGUCCUUAUUUUUUCAGAGUUGAUUUUGGAUAUGGAAAUCGUUACAACUACCACCCUCCAACACAGCUCCGUGUUAUUGAUUUCACAGAUAAACCCACGAUAUUCCCUGCUGAAAUGGUGGCAGGUCGGCCUGUGAACGUGACCUGCUCCUUCAACACCACGUGUGAUGGAACAGCCCCCACCUUAACCUGGGUCACCCCCGCUGAUGAUCCACCAUCAGCCUCACACAGCGUAACUCAGCAGGGUGACACUCUGACAUAUACUUCUGUUCUGUACCUGACCCCAGCGCUCAAACAUCACGGGCAAAACCUCACCUGCAGAGUCACAUACCCAACAGUCUCAUCCGAGCAGAUCCUCACAAUGGCUGUUCAAUAUGCCCCGCGGAAUCUCUCGAUCACUUCCCCCGAUGACGUGAACAGUUCCUGGGUCAGUGUAAAGGAAGGAAACUCUGCAGCGAUCCUCUGCUCCGUCCAGAGUUUCCCAGCAUCUAACCUGACGUGGAGACAUCUCGGUGUCACGCUGAACACAACACGUUCCAACAACGAGCUGUGGAUGGAGUUCCCUCAGCUGACACGGCAGGACGCUGGGGUCUAUCAGUGUGUGGCAGAGAAUGAACACGGGACAGCAGAGAGGAAUGUGACCCUCACUGUAGAAUAUGCCCCGCGGAAUCUCUCGAUCACUUCCCCCGAUGACGUGAACAGUUCCUGGGUCAGUGUAAAGGAAGGAAACUCUGCAGCGAUCCUCUGCUCCGUCCAGAGUUUCCCAGCAUCUAACCUGACGUGGAGACAUCUCGGUGUCACGCUGAACACAACACGUUCCAACAACGAGCUGUGGAUGGAGUUCCCUCAGCUGACACGGCAGGACGCUGGGGUCUAUCAGUGUGUGGCAGAGAAUAAACACGGGACAGCAGAGAGGGAUGUGACCCUCACUGUAGAAUUACGUGGCUCGGAAAGGUCCUGGAAAUGCAUCGUGGCCCUGAUCGUUCUUGCCGUCAUCUUCAUAGGCGUAGUUCCUGUAAUCGUCUGGGCAGCGUGUUGUCGCAACAAAUGAGGAGCUGCAUCUCGGAGACCGUGAUCUGUACAGCGAGCUCAAGCCCAGCUACAAAUGAGCCUCUGCUCAGCCCUUCUCUGUCCACUCUGCCCACUUUCUCUGACGUUUCUCUCUGCCCAUCUCUCUCGUUCCUUACUCUCUAUAAUCAAUCUCCCUUCCAUUGACUCCAUCUACACCUCACGCUGCCUCGGCAAGGCCAGCAGCCCAGACCAUCACACACGAACCAACCUCCCUUCCAUCGCCUCCAUCUACACCUCACGCUGCCUCGGCAAGGCCAGCAGCAAAAUCAAGGACCAGUCUCAUCCCCGGCCACUCCCUCUUCUCUCCUCUCCCAUCGGGCAAGAGGUACAGAAGUGUGAAAACGAACGCACACCUCCAGAUUCAGGGAGAGUUUCUUCCCGGCUGUUAUCAGGCAACUGAACCAUCCUGCCACAACAAGAUGUGUACCCGAGGAAUUUGUAGUUGGAGACGCGCUCCACCUCAGUCCCGUUUAUAUGGAUGGGGGGUAUGUCUGCCCCCUCUGACCUUCCUGAAAUCAGUGUGAACGGGUGAUCAUAGAAACAUAGAAAUUAGGUGCAGGAGUAGAGGCCAUUCGGCCCUUCGAGCCUGCACCGCCAUUCAAUAUGAUCAUGGCUGAUCAUCCAACUCAGUAUCCCGUACCUGCCUUCUCUCCAUACCCCCUGAUCCCCUUAGCCACAAGGGCCACAUCUAACUCCCUCUUAAAUAUAGCCAAUGAACUGUGGCCUCGACUAUCCUCUGCGGCAGAGAGUUCCAGAGAUUCACCACUCUCUGUGUGAAAAAAGUUCUUCUCAUCUCGGUUUUAAAGGAUUUCCCCCCUUAUCCUUAAGCUGUGAACCCCUUGUCCUGGACUUCCCCAACAUCGGGAGCAAUCUUCCUGCAUCUAGCCUGUCCAACCCCUUAAGAAUUUUGUAAGUUUCUAUAAGAUCCCCUCUCAGUCUCCUAAAUUCUAGACAGUAUGAACCAAGUCUUUCUUCAUAAGACAGUCCUGACAUCCCAGGAAUCAGUCUGGUGAACCUUCUCUGCACUCGCUCCAUGGCAAUAAUGUCCUUCCUCAGAUUUGGAGACCAAAACUGUACGCAAUACUACAGGUGUGGUCUCACCAAGACCCUGUACAACUGCAGUAGAACCUCCCUGCUCCUAUACUCAAAUCCUUUUGCUAUGAAUGCUAACAUACCAUUGGCUUUCUUCACUGCCUGCUGCACCUGCAUGCCUACUUUCAAUGACUGGUGUACCAUGACACCCAGGUCUCGUUGCAUCUCCCCUUUUCCUAAUCGCCCACCAUUCACAUAAUAGUCUGCCUUCCUGUUUUUGCCACCAUAAAGUGGAUAUCCUCACAUUUAUCCGCAUUAAACUGCAUCUGCCACGCUUCUGCCCGCUCCGAAACUCAUCAACUCUUGUUAUGAAGGCCAAAACUGUACACAAUACUCCAGGUGUGGUCUCACCAAGACCCUGUACAACUACAGUAGAACCUCCCUGCUCCUAUACUCAAAUCGUUUUGCUAUGAAAAAUGCUAUACUCAAAUCCUUUUGCUACGAUGGCCAUCUUCUGGGCUGAAGGGCUGAAGGGCCUGUUUCCACGCUGCAUCUGCACUGUAUCUCUAAACUAAAUAAAACUGACUUAUUGAGUGACUCCAGCUUUUUGUGUCUAUCAUUGGUUUAAGCCAGCAUCUGUGGUCCCUCCUUCAACUAAAUUCACCCUCUUGACCAUAAACCCUCGUGAUAACAGACCAUAUCAUGAGCGAUUUUAGUUCUGUCAGACGGACUUGCUCACUAAUGUCGAUGCUUUUGCACCGCCUCCCUCUGCCACCUCUCGGUAUGAUAUGAAUAUUGAUUUCAUAACUUCAAGAUUCAAGAUUCAAGAUUCAAUUUAAUUGUCAUUUGGACCCCUUGAGGUCCAAACGAAAUGCCGUUUCUGCAGCCAUACAUUACAAACAAAUAGACCCAAGACACAACAUAAUUUACAUAAACAUCCAUCACAUCGCUGUGAUGGAAGGCCAAAAAAACUUAUAU